GAUUUGAUGUUCUGUGAUUGAUGAUGUGUUGUGUGUCUAGCAUAGUAUUUUUCUUUUCUCAUGCAUAUAACUGUCAUAUUUCCGUUGCACAUUAGUUUUUGCUUGCGUUUUUUUUUUCAGGUUUGGUGAGUAGAUAGUGUAUAGUACCAUUACUUUACUGCAUAUAAAUAUUAUAACAUUUAGUACAUAGUAUGAAAAUCACUAGUUCAGCACAAUAUGUCCUCUUUUUGGAGUAAGAUCUUUAAACCUGCUCAAAAGAAACGUGAAUAUAAAAACUUAACCAAGGGAGUUGACCCUAAUGAAAUAUGGGAAAUCUGUGGCGAACUAGGAGAUGGUACCUUUGGAAAGGUUUACAAGGCGAAAAACAAAACCACUGGAUUGCUUGCUGCAGCUAAGAUUGUUGAGAUCAAAGAGGAAAGUGAGCUUGAUGAUUUCAUGGUUGAAAUUGACAUUUUGUCAGAUUGUAAACACAAAUAUGUUGUCAAUCUUUACGAAACUUACUAUCAUGAAAGCCAAUUAUGGAUGAUGUUGGAAUUUUGUGGUGGUGGAGCUAUGGAUGAUGUCAUGUUAGACCUUGAACGUGGAUUAGAUGAAACAACUAUAAAGGCAAUUACACGCCAAAUGACUGAGGGACUUGCAUUUUUGCAUGCUUGCGGUGUGAUACAUCGAGAUUUAAAAGCUGGAAAUGUUUUGUUGACUGAAAAAGGAGAAAUGAAAUUGGCUGAUUUUGGUGUUUCUGCCAAAAACAAAGGUCCCAACAUCAAACGCAAUACAUUUAUUGGAACACCAUAUUGGAUGGCACCAGAAGUUGUUAUAACAGAAACAAUGCGAGACGAGUAUUACGACAGCAAGUCUGAUGUUUGGAGCUUAGGUAUAACAUUAAUAGAACUUGCAGAGAUGCAACCUCCAAACCAUGAGAUGCACCCCAUGAGAGUUCUUUUUAAGAUAACAAAAGCAGAUCCACCAGCUUUGGCUAACAAAAGAAAAUGGUCAAAAGAUUUUCAUGACUUUGUGAACAUCUGUUUAAACAAAGAUCCCAAUGCAAGACCAACAAUGACUGAUCUCUUGGAUCAUCCUUUUAUUCGCGAAGUAAAAGAUAUCCAGCCGUGUAUAGAUUUGUACCGUGAAGUGAAAGCUGAAGUGGUUGAAACUCUUGAAGAUUUGCCAGAAGAUAGAGAGAUUGACAACUUACCUAAUACUCCGAGCAUUAAGAAGUCUACAUCGAGUGACACCCUUGAUAGUACGGCAACAGAAGACAGUUCAUCUAGUAAUAAAGACUCCUCCACAGCAGAGGGAGGAAGUGGAAUACCACCUAUGCCUAUCAGGAAGAUGAAAGAUUUGACCGAUCCAAUUCCUGAUGAAAAAUUAAAAUUUCAAAAUAGUGGUGAACAUAAAGAGACGAGUGAGGUUAAGCCAGAACUUGUUGGUUACAAAUCAACUGGUGAAAAGCGCGAAAUUGAUGGUGAUCCUAUUCUCACGAAGGAAGAAAUCAAAAAUCGCGAACUUGAAAAAGUGAAGAAAGCAUAUGAAGAAAAGGAAAGAAAAGGUGAAGUUCAUGAUCUGCAGGAUCAGAGUGCUUUUGGAGAAUCUGCCGACAGUAUGUCUGCAUCAAGUGGAACCUCUUCCAGAAAAUCUAUUGAUAAUAAAAAAACAGGUGGACAGCUUGCAUCUCUCACAGAUGAUUUGAAAGCUGUGGAAGAUGAAGUUAAAGAAGAGAUGUCAAAGAAUGAUGGUACUGAGAAACGUCAAUACAAAACGUUGACACGUGUAAGGAAAUAUGAGAAAGAUGGUGAAAUGGUGACUGAAACGGUCCAAAGAAUAGUUGAGGUGACCAGUGAGGAUUUCCGCGCUGCAGCUAAGAAAGAACAACAACUUCGCAAACUUGCUUUACAAGAAAUGAAGGCUCUUCGUCGUGAAGAGCAAAAGCAAGGCGCUGAGCUCAUGGCUCGAAUACGCCUACAAUGGGAUCAAAUCGAUGAGAAGUUCCGCCAGGAAGAAGAAGAGAUAAAACGGAAGUAUGAAACAGAUAUUGAAACCAUGAGUAGGCAGCAGAAACGUGAACUCGAAAAACUUGAGCUGAGUCAGACGAAUGACUUGAAACAAGAAAUGAAGAGAUUGAAAGUUGAUCAGGAAAAAACUCUAAAGAAAUUCCGAGAGAUGCUAAAAGAUGACCAAAAACAGAUGAAGAAAGAAGUGGAUAAAUUACCUAAAGCAAAUAGAAAGGAUGAAAUGAGACGAAGGAAAGAGUUGCUUGAUGUACGUCAGCAGAAUCAGGAACGCGAGUUUCUUUCCAAACAAGCCUGCGAGUGUGAAGACUUUCAUAAGAAGAAACUCGAGCAACAUGGAGCGAAUAUUUUUGAGAAAGAGAUGAAUUUCCUGAAUAUGAAACAUGACUUAAUUCGAGCAUGGAAAUCAGAUGAGUGGGAAAUGGAACAACGUCGUAUUUUUAAGAAACAUCAGUUGACGAAAAGCCAGCUUAAAGAAACCUUUUUUCUUCAAAGAACUCAAAUGUCUAAUCGUCAUACUAAGGAGUUGGAACAACAUUCUCGUUUGUACAAAAUGAAAGAUGAUGAUAUGAAACAUCGACAAGAUUUAGAGCGCAAGCGACUGCCGAAAAUACAAAGAAACGAUUUACGACAAAAAGUUCAAGCGAAACGAAAACAGUUACGCACGGAGAGAAACAAAAGAGAAUCGAUAAGUAUCGGAGGACUGUCUGCGAUUGAAAAAGAAAAACUGAAGGAGUUUGAAGAUGGUGUGCGAAAACAACACGCAGAUGAUAUGAACAGGUUGCUUGCUCGACAUCAACAAGAAGAAGCCGAUUUAAAACAAAGUGCGGAAAAUGAGGCUACAGAAGUCAAGCAGUUACAAAACGAGAAGAGACAUAUGUUGGUGCAAAGUGAAAGUGAGAAGCUAAAAGAGAGAGAAAUCAAACAUAACUCGGAACUCACAGAAUGGAAGGAAAGCCUAGCACCAAGAAAAAAGGCACUCGAAGCAGAAUUCUAUCGGCAGGAAGAAGAACAAAGAGAAUUUUAUUGUCACACCUCCGCUCAUGACGUCUCCCCAAGAUCUCCUGCUUCGAAGUCAGUACCGGUCUCGCCAACGCCUUCCAACAUGUCGUCCUCAUCGAACCCUGCGUCACUGUAUUGAGUGGUCUCCACGGAAAUAUUUCAUUGACGAGAAUGAUAGCGUUUUACACACGAUUUUGGGAUAUAUUUUUAAGAAGAUUGAGAAAAUUCGUAAAAACUGGAAGAGCUGCGAUUAAUGCGCAGACGCGAACUUUUUUUAAUUAUGUAGACUCGAUUUUUAAUAGGUAUAUCAUUUUUGACCCUGAUGUCCCCAUUCAUCCAUUUUUGGAAUGAAAAUAAAAUUUUCACACGAGGAUAAACAAAAAAUCCCGAAAAAUUCAAAUGUGUAAAUUUAAUGUUUGAUAAGUGUUGUGGGAAAUAACAAGAGGGUUGCUAAAACAAAUCCGAUUUUCCGAUUAAAAACCGUCUAUCCGUAUACAGUUCAAAAGAUUUAAGAUUAUAAAUUAAGCCAAGUAUUUUUGUACAGCCAAAAAUUCACUGAAAUAUAAUGACGACCAUUUUUUUUAAAAAAAAUUCACUUAUGUGAGAAAAAGUAUUGUUUAUACCUAAAAAUCUCUUAAUACAAGAUUUAACAGCUUUUUCUGAAAUGUUAAUAUUUGUAGAACAAAAUUAAGUAGUGGGGAGAGAAUUCACUUUAAAAAUCAUUAGAAAUAGAUGUUUACUUUUUUUGCCUCGAAUUUUCUCCUCGGCUUUUUUAAUUGUCUUUCAUGUGGUGAAAAUUAGCUGAGACAUCAAGGCAAUCGUGUAAGCUGCAACUUCCAUCCCAAUGCCCUAUUUUUGUGCAGAAAACGAAAAAUACUGGGAUCGACGCUGGCAUAUAUGGUAAAAAUUGACUUGAACAUCAACGCAUUAACGUAAGCUUCAACAUUGAUUCCGGUGUUCCACCUUUUUCAUGAGCACACAAAAUAAGGUGUUGGGAUCGAGGUGUGAGCCUACAUUAAAUUUACAAAUUGGUUUCUAGUUUUUCAUACUUACUUGCAGAUAGUAAUUUAGUAAAAUUAUUUUAAUUAUAAUACUGCACAUAACUUUUUUCAUGUAAAAAUACAAAAAAUCAACUGUUCA